ACCGUGUGCUGUAUAAUUAUUGUCCUUGGCUCUCUUUUUCUCUUCACUUUCUUUUUCAAUUAGAAAAUAACUAUGAGUGCAAUUACACAAGCUGAAAGGCAAAAAUAUGCCGAAAUCUUUCAAGCAAGAGGCCAAGUCAACGGCUUCAUGUCAGGUGCUAUUGCUCGCGAUGUUUUAUUGAACUCCAAUUUACCUCCUAACCGUUUAGAGCGUAUUUGGGACCUUUCUGAUAUUGAUAAAGAUGGUAAUCUUGACUUUGAAGAGUUCUGUAUUGCCAUGCACUUGACUUUUGACUGUAUUAAUGGUGUUGAUCCACCUGUUUCUCUUCCAUCUUCUUUGAUUCCUUCUAACAAAACUCACCUUUUACCUCAACAACAACAGUACCAACCUACUGGAUAUCAACAACCACAACCUACUGGGUAUUAUGGACAAACACAACCUACAGGAUAUCAACCCACUGGUUAUCAACAACCUCAACCCACAGGCUACCAACAACCUCAACCCACAGGCUACCAACAACCUCAACCCACUGGAUAUCAACAACCUCAACCCACUGGAUAUCAACAACCUCAACCUACAGGCUUUUAUGGUCAACAAGCCGAACCUGAAUUCAGUUGGGAUAUGACGACGGACGAAAUGACAUCAUAUCAGAACAUCUAUGCUAAAUAUGCCAAUGAUACUGGCAAAGUGAAAUGUAAGAGAACAAUCCCAAAAUGUUGUUUAACUUGCUCUAUAGUCAGUCAAAUGGAAGACUUUUACAACACAUUGGGUCUUACUCGUACUGAUCUAACAAAUGCAUGGACACUUAUUGAUGUAAAUCAUACAAAUGCUCUUACUCAAGAUCAAUGCUUGAUGUUUUAUCAUGUCUUGAAUCAACGUACAAAAGGCAUUCGUAUCCCUAAAGAAUUACCUCCAGAUCUUCAUGCUGCAUUUGCUGGUGAAUAUGCAGCUGACUUUGGAGAGCGCCCUGGCUCUGGUACAGGUGCACGCAAAGGUACCAGCCAGUCCAUGACUAGCAGUGCUAAAUUAGCUGAUAGCUAUGUCAAUCGAUUGGGUGCUGCCAGUACUUCUUUAAGUAGCAAAGGAACAAAGGCAACAAAAUACGAUGAAGAAGAUAUGCUAAGAAGAGAAUUGGCUGAACUAAAAGAACGCGUCAAAGAAGCAGAACAUAAGGCCAAAGAAGCUAAAGAAAGUGAGGACUAUGAAUCUUUUGCUUCCCGUCCUCUUCGUGAUCAAUUCCAAGCCCUUUAUGACUAUAAACUACGCCAAUUGACAGAUCAAAGUGAUAUUGAGGACAAGGUGCGUAAACAAGAGCGUGAUAUUGAUGCUGCCCGUGAUGCUGUGCGUCGUUUAAACCGUAUUGUGGACGAUGUUCGAUCAAAGAAGCGUGAAUUGGAGUCUUUAUUGGAAGAAAGAAGAUUAGAAGUACAGAAGGCUUUACGUGCUUCAGAAUAAAGAUGUCAAUUGUAUUUGUAAGUAUUAAGCAUUGUGCCAGAAUGAGGUAGAAUAAGGGCUUCAUCAGACACUUGAUCUAGUGGAAAACUGAGCA